UUGCAAUCAUUCUCGUUAGUUUAAACAGCUUAAAAAAGCUAUUAUUAAUUCAAAUGAGUUUGGUUAUUAUAACUAUUUGUGUUAUUUCUGUUGAACAGUUUGCUAUUGUGAGUAAAAUGAAUAUAUUUCUUUCAUUUUUUUGUAAAUCUACAAUUGGAUUACCAUUGAUGAUGAUGGCCAUUAUUUUAGGUUUGCCUUCAAGUCGAUCAGCUCCAUUCAAAGAGGCUAAGUUAUUGCGACCGAUUGCUGACCAAUACAGUGCUCCAUUGGAUGUGUCAUUCCUACAUUCAACAAUACAUAAAAAUACAGAAACGAUUUCCAAAAUUAAAAACGGGCUUGAAGAUUUAUCUAAACUUGAUGUCUUUGGUUUACCUGAAAUUUCGAAUUUAUCGGACGAACAGUUGCCUGCUCUGGAAAAGGCUAAUUACUUUGAUUUUAAUAAAACAGAAACAGUAAAGUAUUUGUUUGAAAAAUUCAUCCUGCAAAAUGAAAUGUAUCCGAUUGAGUUUGGUUCCUAUGGAGUAGUUAAAGUGGCUGUUACUCCUGAUGUUCUGUUGGAAGAUUUGCCAAAAAAGAGAAGCCAUGAUUUGAUCGAUGAUACAAAUAGGAUGAUUCAAACAUAUUUGACCGAUAUCGAUAAAAAGCAGCGAAGUUCUGGUAGCAAUAUAAUGCAAAAACUGGCUGCUUUUCUGGCUAGACAAGAGCUACAGCUAUUGGCUAAUCACUCAUAUCCACCCGGUCAAAAUAACUACAAUUAUUAUGAUGUUAAUAAUCCUACUAAAGUUGCACUUGGUACAGUGCUGAGAAAAGUAAAGACAAUUGUUGACUUUUUUUACGCACAGUUUAACCAUUUUGCUGAUCCAAAGUCAAGUGAAAAAGUUAAUGAAGUAUUACAUAGCCUCAAAUAUAUUGCUAGUAUCCACCAGAUUAUGAUAACUACAAUUACUAUGAUCUUAAUGAUCCUACUAAGGUCGCGCUUGGCUCAAUAUUAAGAAAAGUAAAAACAAUUUUGUCUUCACAUACAGUUCCACCUUAUACUUAUUGAU